AUGAGUACUGAGCGGGGUGAAGGCACGCAGCCCUCAGGAAUAUCAGUGAACUUGGCAGCGGAAGAACAUGUUGAUGAAAAGGUGGAUUCGCGUGUAAAUAAAAUUGCACCGCUGAAUCAGGCAACUGAUUCUGACUUGUCGGACAUCAACAAAUCUGGAGUUGUUGCUGACUCUGCUAAGAAGGUAGUGAUUGUUAAUUCCAAAGUGUCUAACAGCGAAAUUGAUGAACGUGAUUAUCCGACAACGCCUACUAGCACUGCGGUGACAGGCACUAACGAGGCGGAGUCUCGGGUUAAUGCCUCCACAACGACCGCAACAGUUUUACCGACUGCUCCUCUAGACGCGACGACAGCUGCGGCUCUCACCCUGAAAAUGAAAGAGGAGCGCAAGAAGGAACGAGAAAAAAAGAAAGAAGAAGAGCUCUUGAAAAAGUACAUAGCAGAACAAGAAGCUAAGCAAAAGAUAGGAGAAGGUGGAUACAAGUUCGUUUAUCGUGGAUAUGAUCGAGAAGAGGCGCGAACAGUUGCGUGGUGUGAGUUUAAGCAUGAGCACGUUGAUACUAAAGAAAAACGUCAAAUCAUGUUUCGUGAGACAGAAAUUAUGUUGAAGAUGAACCAUCCCCACAUUGUUCGGUGCUUUGAUGUAUUUCGUGAAUGGACAAACGAGGAGACGGCGGAGAACCCGCUGGAGGAGAAGGGGCUUGUAAUCAUACAGGAGUUAAUGUCUGAGGGCACUCUUAGACAAGUCAUCCGUAAAAACUAUCUUGAUGGGCAGUGCAUCUUGAAGUUUCAACUUCUAACACACUGGUGGCAUCAAAUUGUUGACGCCUUGAGAUAUAUGCAUCAUCGGCUGGAGACACCCAUUAUUCACCGAGACUUGAAAUCAGACAACUGCUUUCUUUAUGGUGACUCGGAUGAGGAAUAUCUGAACGUGAAAGUCGGCGAUUUUGGUCUUGCAACGCAAGUUGGUAGUAGUGGAAGAAAAACAAUGCUGGGUACUGUCGGUUUCAUGGCGCCGGAAAUUUUCGAUGAAAUGUACGAUGAAAAAGUAGAUAUUUAUGCCUUUGGGAUGCUAAUGCUUGAGGUGAUGACCAAUCGGACACCCUACGAUGAGUGUGCCACCCUCUUUGAUGCCGCAGCCAAAACGAUGUCUGGUCAUGGGCCAGAGAUUAUGCAGCUAAUUACCAAUUCGAAUCUCUCUGUCCUCAUAUCAGCCUGCAUUCAUCCUCUGGCUUGCUUCAGACCAACUGCCGAAGAGCUGUACUGUCAUCCCUUGUUCCAGACGAACGUGGUCAAAACUGCAGCCAAUUCGCUUCAGCCGAAAACGAUACCUGUUGAGGUGGAGCCAAAUUAUGAAACUGGGGCGGAUCGCAAGGAGGUUCUUGAGCGUUUUGUACGCUCCCUCGCGAAUCCAGAAACUCGAAACCCCAGAUUUAACCUACGUCUGCGGUUCCGUGACCGCAAAAUGCUUCAAGAACUGGGCUUAGAUGAGGGGGAGUCACUGGAAUUCGAUCUAGACAUCUACAAAGCUGAGGAUCAAGACAUUCCUGACCUCAUCACCAGCCUUCGUCGCGACUACGAGGACAAGUUGUCCCGAGCGUUCGCCAAUCCGAAGGUCCCUGACCGGAAAAUAGUGUCGAAUCAUUUGGACCGGCUCUUCAACAGCAUCCGAAUGCAGAUGCAGUUUUUAGUCAAGUGUCUCCUGGGAAAACGCUGGAAGGACAUUUUGGACUCGCUUGCAACCAAAGAAAAGCCGCCCAAGGAGAAGACAGUGACGCAAGAGGGCCAAGAGGGCAAGGCCGAAGGUGCCGCGACCGGCUCCGAGGAAGAACCCGAUAGUAACAUUGCUGGCUGCAGCAACUUUGAGAUAAUUGCAAAAUGCAAGUCAAAGUGGUUGAAGGCAAAGCGUAUGUUGGACCGUGAGGUUCAGGCCUACCGCAAGGCAGCUGCCCUCGCGGAGUCUGGUCGUGGCGCCCUCCAGAUUGGUGGGUCGACACAUAAACUGCAGCAGCAACAGCCACAACAGCAGCAGCAAACUCAACCACAACCCGGAAAUCCACUGGUCCCUCCUCAACCAACCGGGCCUACUUGCACUCCAUCCGCAGCUGGUCUCAGUGCUCCAGAGAGCGUGCCUCAUGGCAUCACUUCAACUCCUCCAAACCUUGUGGCAGAAGCGUCUGGCUGUGCAGAAGAUGCCCCUAUUGCUAUUCAAGCUCCUUCCACGUCAAGCUUGUUUUUCUCAACCUCUCAGCAGGCAGGUCCUGAUACUAUUGGAACGUUGUUUAAUUCAUGA